UAACCGCCAGCAGCAGCCUCGACAUUUAUAAUCAUAGACGCUUUUCAAGGGGGAAAGAAGAAGGAGGGGAGGGGAGGGGACAGGGGAAAAGCGCUAGGGCUUUAUAACAAACAGGGCAAAGCUCGCCCCGAUGUUGGAUCGAAGAUUGCGCUUCAGCGUGUUUAAUGGAGCUUAACGGUGGAAACCCGCAGGAGUGGAGGUUUGUUUGCAAAAAUCUCCUACUCUACCGGGUGGAGGGGGGGGGGGGGUUUGUGUGUGUGUGUGUGUGUGUGGCAGUGUGUACCACGUGGGUUUGUUUUAUGUUUUCCAAUGGUAAAGGUGCCUUCCUUUGUUUUGCUUCAAUUUUUUUUCUCUCUAACUUAUCCCCAAUCCCCUUCCGCACUGAAAUUAUGCAAAUCGCACUGAUGGGUGGGAGGGCAAGGCUGUAAGCGGAAAGAGACACACAAAUCUCGCAUUACGUUACAGUGCCGCACACAAACACACCCACACACACACACACAUAGACAGCUAGGAUACGAAUGCAGCUACAUUGAAUGCGGGCUGGCGCUACCGUUUCACGGUGCGACCGGCUGGGCGACCAGUUUUCCACCGACGCUGGGUGCGAUCGGUACCGUCAAAGCUCGUCCCCCGGGGGGAUAGACGAACGGCUGUGGAGUCCUUGCGAAAGUUCGUGGGAAAAGCGUCAGUGUGAGUGUCAGUUUGAAGUUUUCCCACUGCAUCACUUUGGUGCCGCGCUGCAACUGGGUCAGUGUGCCUGUGACGCUCGCUUGACAGUGCACGGGGCGGGAAAAUUAAACGUAAAAGUGAACAAAAACACACUCCCACACGCGCCAUGUGCGGUGGAUUGCCGGUCAGCUAGUCGACCCCAAGUGCGCGCGCUCCACACACACACACACACACACACCAAAGGGCACAGUGAGAUCGGGCGACGUGAGCGCUUUGACACCGCUGCAUGGGCUCGCGGAACCCCACCGACCAUCCCGUCUUCUGGUGCGACGAGCUGAAGCGGCGCGAGCGGAAGCGCAUCGCCGAUGAGAGCCUGCGGGACUGGAAAAACCGGAAGCUGAUCGAGCGGCGAUCCCGUGCGAAGGAGCAAUCCCACUACCGGGAAGUGAUGGAGCGCUACUCACCCUGGGGCCGGAAGGGCGGCGGCGCACCGAACGAUACGAUACGCAUGCGCAACAUACAGCUGCAGGGCCUGUACCCGGAGACGAAGAACGAUCUGCGCAAUCCGGUACCGAUGGGACGCUCGCGGGGUGGUGUCGGGGCGGGCGGUGGCGGUGCACCGAUCCGCAGCGCCUCGGGCCAGAUCGUGACCGGCCUGACCGACGAUCCGAUCAUCAGCUUUAACGACGCGAACCGGUACCACGUGGACAACGAGCUGCGGUACAAGACGUCGCCGGCGCAGAAGCAAACGUACCGGGCGGAGCUGGACCGGAUCGUGGCGGAGAAGGAGAACCGGGCGCGCAAGGCGGAGGAGGGCCCGGUGCCGGCGGGCGGUCGCCCGAACGGUGGCGGCCCGUGGGGGAAACCGGGCCCGGGCGGGAAACCGUGGCGUCCGCCCAAGAACGUCGGCCACAACUUCAUGAAGUCGAUGGGCUGGACAAACAAGGAGACGCUGCAGGAUCUCGACCUGGAGCUGGUGAGCCGGAUGCAGCGCCAGCUGGAGGAGGAGAACCGCUUCCUGAAGCGCUUCUCCAACUGCUGCUCACGGUGCGUCUGCCAGUGCAUCAGCAACACGCUGGAGCAGGGACCGCCGACCGGUGGCGUCGGCGGCGGCAGUGCCGGGGCGGCCCGGGACGCGAUCAAGUACCACCAGUCACCGCCGGCAACGGCCCCGCAGCCACAGCAGCCAGCUGCGGAUCGGCGUGUACCGAGGCUCUGCAAUCAAAGUCAGCAGCAGCAGCAACAGCAGCAGCAACAGCAGCAGUCGCAACAGGCAGGGAACGGGGGUGGGCGGCGCAAUGGCGGGCGGGUACCGCCGACGCGCAACUGUAUGAUAACGGGCGGUGUCGAGCUCGUGCCCCUACUCGCCAAACGGCGCUCCCAACCACGUCCCAUUAGCCUCGGGACGACCGACGUCACCAAGAUCGAUAAGUACACCGCAAACGGCAGUCUGGCCCGACGCACGGACGACGGCUACCUGACCGACCUGUGCAAUCAGAUGAGCCAGAAGCAGCGCAAAGUGGAGACGGUGCGGGCAAUGGAGUUCGAGACGAGCCGGCAGCACUUCGAGACGUGGAGCAGCUUCUGGGGCCGGCCGGGCCACGGUGCACCGCUACCGAACAAGAACAAGCUCAACCUGGACAAUCUGCUUUACAAAUCUCGUCGCUAAAGCAGAACCUGUACCACACGACUUAUCACACGACAAUGGGAGCUCUUACACACACACAUACACCUACACUCACAUACAUUCGCAGCAGCAGCAAUAACAGCAGACACUCAGAUUACACUUUUUUCAAAUGGGAUACUAAACUGAGUUAUCUGUUUGCAGUGAGUUGCGUUUAAGAGAAUGGCAACAUCUAA